AUGACACAACUUUUUCGUUAUAAUUGUUUAGGCAAAUUUGAAUUUAUUUAUAUUGUAUAAAAAAAAAUGACAGUUGAAACAGAUACAAUAAAAAAUCCAAAAGAAUCUCCAUUAAAAGCAAAACGUAAACGUGCAUCACGUUCAAGCUCAAGUGAAUCAAGUUCAUCAGGUACAACAAGUUCAUCAUCAGCUUCAAGUCGUUCAUCAUCAUCAUCAUCAUCAAACUCAUCAUCAUCAACUAGUCGUUCAUCUUCAGGUGCAUCGUCACCAGAAAAAAAGAAUGAUCGUACAUCAACUAAAGUUAUUAAUAAUAAAUCAUCAAAUAAAAAAUCUUUAGAACAUGGAUCAGUUGAUGAGAAAAAACCGAUUGUUCCAACAGUUUCAACACAUCGUAAUGCAAGUCCACCAUCAUCAUCAUCACGUCGACAAGAAAAAGAAGCAACGAAAAUUUAUAUUGGUAAAUUAUCAUUAAAUGUUACUAAAGAACAUUUAGCUGAAAUUUUUGGAACAUUUGGUGAAAUUAAAGAAAUUGAUUUACCAUCACAUCGUAUACAUCCGAAUCUUCAUCGUGGUUUUGCACAUAUUGAAUAUGUUUCAUCAAAUGGUGCUGAACAAGCAUGUAAAUAUAUGGAAACUGGACAAAUUGAUGGACAAGAAAUUGUUUGUGUACUUGUUCAUGGUCAACCACCACAUUUAUCUGCUGAUAGAAAUCGUCGUGAAUUAUCACCAUAUCAUCGAAGACGUCGACGUUCACCAUUACCACCAUCACGUCAUUAUCCACCACCAAGACGUAUGGGAGAUCGUGAACGUGAUCGAGGACGAUAUAAUGAUCGACGAAGUGGAUAUUCACCACCACCAAGAAAUUAUCGACGUGGACAAUCACCACCGACAUCAGGUCGACGAACAGGUGCAAGUGGAAAUACGGCUGAAUCACCUAAGAGAAAAGAACGUCGAUAUUCACGAUCAAGUUCAAGUGAAUCAAAAUAA